AUUAAAUGUGUCUCACUCCGUAACGAGAUUCGUGGUGACAUAAAAAAGAAGCAGAGUGAGGGCUCUGCUUGUUAACCCUUGCCCUUCAAUUAAAGCUGCAGGACCGGAUUGCCCGAGCUUGGUGCGAUUCCAUCAUUUCCUGAGUCCAUUCAGACAAUCUCUACGACUGUGGAAACGGCAGAAUAGUUGUUUACAGUCUGGACUAACUGACGGCUCAGAUACGUAACGUUAGUUUGGUUAAAGGUUUGUCUUUUACAAUGACAGUUAACAGGACGGCUACCGCGGAACGCACUUAGCUGAUGCAUCAUCAUCAUCAAAUGCAGAAACCCGGCUGGCCCUCGACGAGCAACUCGGAAAAUACAAACGGAAACUGGAAUAACACCAUGGACGCUUCUCAGUAUCCAGGCUACCCCUCACAAUACUGGUACCCACAGUCUCAUUCCACAGGACACUAUGCAAUUUCCUACCCCUCGGGAUCAGAUGUUCAGCCACAGUACAAUCAACAGGUAAUGCCUGGAGGUUAUCCAAAUGGCCACGGUGUCUACACCCCAGCGCAAGGUCAAUAUUCAACAAGCGGUUUCCACCCAUCCAACCCUUUCUACUGUGCUGACACUCAGAGACAGGCUCCAGGUCCUUAUCCUAACCAGGGUUGUCCUGCGGAGCAGAGCAGCGGGCCGCCUGGGCAGCCACACUCUCAACAUCAUCACUAUCCUGAUCCACACUGUCAAGGGGUUUCUGGAUAUCCUGCUGGGGCAUACCCUCACUACAGUGAAGGUGGUCAUGCAAUGCCUUCAACCGCCCCAUACCCCACUGGCCAGCCUCUCCACCCAGACCCUCAGGCCGAUGCUUGGGGGCACUCUGGUUCAUAUGCACCCCCACAGCCGCAAUGGCAGACAGGUCAGCAGCCUCCACAAAACCACUACGGGAAUCCUGUCCGCCCACCACAUCCUCCAGCAUGGCCAGGGACUGGAAGUGGUGCUCCUCCACCGUACCAACCCAAGGAGCAACAGCACCAACGGGCUCCACAAGUGGGACCUAAAGCCAGGCCAACCCCAUCCCUCAAUCCCCCCAAUGGAAAGCCUGCUGAAAUAAGUUGUCCUCCCCAAAUGUACAACAAAAUCGGGACAGGUGAUCCUUCGCAAGGGGAGCCCUCUGCCCCAGUCCAAGCUCCGGCUCCAGCUGCAGGCCAUGCUGGACCUCAUCCCCUGAGCGAGAUCCCCAGCCUCGCUAAGGUCCAACAGGUCAUGGCCAGAAUGCUACUGCUCCAGGAGGAUGUUGAUGAGUUUGUUGGCAGAAAGACAGACCAGACUUACCGGUGUCUGGAGGAACUGCUGACCAAAGAGCUGCUGCUGCUGGACUCUGUGGAGACUCGGGGACAGGAGAAUGUCCGACAAGCCCGAAAGGAGGCUGUUCAGAGGAUCCAGGCCAUUCUGGACGAGCUGGAAAGGAAAGCCUUCUGAACUGGACUUAUUUACUGGUUUGUGGGUCACUACAUCUUGCUGUUUUCUUCUUCCACAUCUUCCAUGGACACAAUGAGGAUCAAGUCCUCUCUCUCUCUCUUUCUGAACUGUGUUACCUUGAGGCUGUUUUUCCAGCACCAUGAUAUAAAAUGCCCUAACUAAGUGGCAUGGAAUCGACGCCAAGGCGGAGCAGUUAUUUCUACCUGGAAUCAACCUUUAGAGCCCAAUUAUGCUGGUAAAAGUGAUACGACGGUGGGAGAAGUGUAAACCGAUGGUUGUACAUAUUGGUAACUUCCAGCCUCGGCGAGGUACCGUGCAGGCUACACAACCUGACAGUAUUGCUCAGCUUCUCUUUAAUGUCAGGCCUUUGCUAUCAUAAUGCACGGCAGUCACAGGAUGAUCAAGUUAAUUCCACGUUGCAACGGUCAGUGUUCUAUAACCUGUCAUUCUGAUUCAUGCUGUCCCUCAGGAUUGUGGGUUGGUUUCAGUCUGAUUCUACUUUUUUUUUCUUUUUCAUCUCAGUCCGUUUGCACGAUAUUGUCCUCUCCUCCGAUAGAGGCCACACACUCGGAUGCCUAUUGUCUCUUACUUCACCAUUUCUCUGCAGGAAUAGGUGCAACGCUUUCCUUUUCAAUCGUCCUUCCAGCCCUGAAUGCACUGUAAUGUCAAACGAGCUCCAUACAGUCCUAACAUUUCAACGCUCGUAAUUAGGCCUAAAGCGAUGCAGAUUAGUAAAAACAUAAAAUAAACCUUUAUAUUGCUUACCCUAUUGUACCAUCUUUUGGAUAAAAUUACUUCCUGAGUGCAGAUCUAGAAUCAGACCUACAUAUGAAUGCCAUGUAUUUUACUCUAGGAACUACUGUUAUGACAGAUCCAUAGGACAUAAGGAAGUUAAAGAAUGACUUGCAAAUAUGUUAAAUUAUGUUCUUUUUAUCCCUUUUUGAAUGCUUGGAAUAUAUAUAUAUAUAAUUACAAGCAAGUUAAUUGUAUUUUCAGAAUUAAGUGUUCCAUCAGUUGCUGUAUGUACUUCAACAUUUUUAGUAAUAUUUUGUGUUAAAUGACAAUGUUCAGAGCACUUGGAUCAAGUGUUUAAUUUGGAACCGGUUUGUUUUCUGUCACACUAAUAACCUUGUUAUACAAAUCCAGAUUUGCUCUAUCAUCUAUUUUCAUGUUUAGAGCAAGUCUUUUUUCCCAUCAUUAAUAAAAAAUAUUAAAAGUG